AUGUCGGAAAAGAUGGAUGACCAGCAAGCAGCCGCUCCUACCGCCUCCGGAUCCAAAUCCGAAGAAUCUGUAGCACUUCGGAAUUGGCAGCUCGCCAACAAUGUCACUGUUAUGGAUUCAGUUUACGAAUACGAUGAAGUUGAG